GGCUCACUUGGUGUGUUUGGGGUAAUCUCACUGCACGUGGCACACACAGCUCAUCUUGUCUGCUGGCAUGAGGAAGGCGUCUUGAUGUUUAUGCUGUCUCAGAACACGUUGAACCUUGACUCACUUUUUCCUUGGACCAAGAUGACUGAUGGAAACCUUUCCACCACUACAAAUGGCGUAGCCUUGAUGGGCAUUCUGGAUGGUCGACCAGGAAGCCACAUUCAGAACCUGCAACACUUGAAUCUCAAGGCACCCAGAUCCCUCUCUCUGCCUGAGUAUGGGCCCAAGCUGAAACUUGGUGCUUUAGAAGAUCGGCAGAGCCUGAAGUCGGUGGACUCUGGCAUCCCUACCCUAGAGAUCGGCAACCCAGAACCUGUCCCCUGCAGCGUGGUCCACGUGAAGAGGAAGCAGUCCGAGUCAGAGGUCAUCCCCGAGCGAGCCUGCCAGAGUGCGUGCCCCCUGCCUUCGUACGCACCGCCGGCCCCCACCAGCGCCGAGCGGGAGCAGAGCGUGCGCAAGUCCUCCACGUUUCCCAGGACAGGCUAUGACUCAGUGAAGCUCUACAGCCCCACCUCCAAAACCCUGAACCGCAGCGACAAUGUCUCCGUGUGCAGCGUGUCCAGUCUCGGCACAGAGCUGUCAGCCACGCUGUCCGUCAGCAAUGAGGACAUCUUGGACCUCGUGGUCACGAGCAGCUCCAGUGCCAUCGUGACCCUGGAGAAUGACGAUGACCCACAGUUUACAGACGUCACCUUGAGCUCCGUCAAGGAAACCCGGGACCUCCGCCAGCGGGACUGUGUUGAUGACAGUGAGGAGGGGAGGAAAGUGAAAAAAUUGGGACCGUUUAGUAACUUCUUUACAAGGAAGGAAGAUCGCUUCCAGGGCCUGAGACGGGGCUCUUGUCUAACACUCAGAAAUGAAUUGUCCGAGGAGACACAUGUGCUGACAAGGCAAGAGACUUUAUUGGGAAGCGGCGCCCGGGGGAGAGCAGGAGGGAAUUUGCUUGCUAGAAAACAAAAUGCAAGACUUGACAAACAAAAUGACUUGGGAUGGAAGUUAUUUGGAAAAGUACCACUCCGAGAGAAUGCUCAGAAAGAUUCAAAGAAAAUACAAAAGGAAUAUGAAGACAAGGCUGGACGACCUAGCAGACCACCCUCUCCAAAGCAGAAUGUGAGGAAGAAUCUUGACUUUGAGCCUCUUUCCACCACCGCACUCAUCCUGGAAGACAGACCAGCAAAUCUCCCGGCGAAGCCAGCUGAAGAAGCUCAGAAACACAGGCAACAAUAUGAAGAAAUGGUGGUUCAGGCCAAAAAACGAGAGCUGAAAGAAGCCCAGAGGAGGAAAAAGCAGCUAGAAGAAAGAUGCAGAUUAGAAGAAAGUAUUGGAAAUGCUGUCCUCACUUGGAAUAAUGAGAUUUUGCCUAACUGGGAAACAAUGUGGUGCUCUAGAAAAGUUCGAGACUUGUGGUGGCAGGGAAUCCCUCCCAGCGUGAGAGGCAAAGUCUGGAGUUUAGCCAUCGGCAACGAGUUAAACAUCACCCACGAGCUCUUUGACAUCUGUCUUGCCCGAGCCAAGGAGCGGUGGCGGUCCUUUAGCACGGGAGGCCCUGAAGUGGAGAAUGAAGAUGCUGGUUUUUCAGCAGCAGACAGAGAAGCCAGUCUGGAGCUUAUUAAACUGGACAUUUCCAGAACGUUCCCUAAUCUCUGCAUUUUCCAGCAAGGUGGCCCGUACCACGACGUGUUGCACAGCAUUUUGGGCGCGUACACUUGUUACCGACCGGAUGUGGGUUACGUUCAGGGCAUGUCCUUCAUAGCGGCUGUGUUGAUCUUGAACCUAGACACUGCAGAUGCCUUCAUUGCUUUUUCUAAUCUUUUGAAUAAACCCUGUCAAAUGGCGUUUUUCCGAGUGGACCAUGGCCUUAUGUUGACUUAUUUUGCUGCAUUUGAAGUAUUCUUUGAAGAAAAUUUGCCGAAAUUAUUUGCUCAUUUCAAGAAAAACAACUUAACUCCAGACAUCUACCUGAUUGACUGGAUCUUUACUUUAUAUAGCAAGUCUUUGCCCCUGGAUCUGGCCUGUCGCGUAUGGGAUGUGUUCUGUCGUGAUGGGGAGGAGUUUCUGUUCCGCACAGCCCUGGGCCUCCUGAAGCUGUUCGAGGACAUUCUCACCAAGAUGGACUUCAUCCACAUAGCCCAGUUCCUCACGCGGCUGCCCGAGGACUUGCCUGCAGAGGAAUUUUUUGCUUCCAUCGCUACCAUUCAGAUGCAAAGUCGAAACAAGAAGUGGGCUCAGGUGCUGACCGCCUUGCAGAAGGACAGCCGGGAGGUGGAGAAAGGAAGCCCAUCUCUCAGACACUGAGGAGGCAGGUGGACUUGCACUCGGCACUGAAGCAGAUCUCCAAGUGGCACCUGUGUUGUUUCAGGCAGACACACUGGCAGCUCCGAAGAACGGGCUGUUUUCAUGUUUGAUACCUAAUGCUGGAGUUAGCCUUAAAACAAAACAAA